UAAUAUAAGCGUUACAAAAUGUAUUGAAAAUCAAAGUCACAAUGCCUUUGUUUAUACACAAUUUUAUAUCCAGAAGAGAUAGUUCUGAACUAAAUCAAGACUACAGCACGCCAGGCAAAAAUUUUCUCACGUAAAGACAAAAAAUAUAGUGCCAUAAACAGAUAUUUUGUACUAUUCUUGGUUGAUUAUCGAUAAAACAGAGUAAAAAAACGUCAACAUUUUACUGACAGAUAACUCCGAAAGCUCAAAUCGUCGUACCAUAACCUCGAAACAUCGAACGUCACGUGGAGGAGAUGGCCAAAACAAAAAUGCAGCCGAAAUUGUUAAACGUCAAUAGAACGCCACAUCGACCCAAGAAAAGAAAAAAGAUCACUUUAGUAUUCGACGAAACUAAAAGAAAAGAAUUCCUGCAAGGAUUCAGAAAGAGGAAACUGCAGAGACAACAGAGAGCCAAAGAAGAGCUACAAAAACAGUUAAAAGAAGAAAAAAAGCGAAUCAAACAUGAGGUAACCUACAUACGUUAUCUUUAAACACCUGAUGUUUAUGUAAAAUAAAACAUUCA